AUGUUGGGGGGCGUAUUGCCUGCAGCUGCUGCCCUCUGUGCAGCCAAUACGACCGAUUCGAGCCUCGUGGGCCUCUCUUCGCUGGCUGCGCUGACGCGGAGCGGCCAAGUGGCAUCCGUUGACGACGGGACCGCGCACUCGGCUAAGCACUCGUCGCAGGACGUCUUGUCCAGCAUAGCAGCCGCUGCUGCCCUGCUGGGCCUCGGCUUCAUCUCGCUCGUCCGCUUCAAGAACGGCCAGUCGGUCUCCGGCUUCGUCUGGGCCGUGCUGGGGAUGCUCAGCACCGCAAGCGUGGCAGACUUCGCAGGACGCUACCGGGCGCUGUACUUCGUCGACCAGCACCAUGGCAUCGUCCUGUCCGACGCCAGCUACGCUCCUUCUCUGGUGGUGACGGAGGCAGUGUCGAUGUUCUUCUUCCUGGGCACCUUCUGCAUCAUGGGAGUACGCUGCAAGGUCUACUACAACAAGUUCAGGGGCACGCUCCAGAAAUCGAUGAACGAGGACACAAGGUCGCCACUGGGGGUCUUCGUAUGCUCGGUGCUGUUCAGGCACCUCAAGAACGUCGUCUUGCUGGGCAAGGCCGUCUACCGGGACCUGCCGAUCGCGAGUCCGCGCAUGAAGUGCGCUCCCCUCUCCCGAGACGUCUGCGGGCGAUUGUCGCGCGUGCAGAUCACGCAGAGGCUCACGAGGUGGCGGCUCUUCUACGCCGUCAUGCGAACUGUUUGGGACGACCUGUUCUGGACCAUGCUGACCACGAUCGCUUACUACGUCAACGUGUUGGGAAAGGUCCCGCUUCUGGAACGUCUGGUGGAGGGCGGUGAAGAGGUGACGGUGACCACAUGGCUCUUCGUGUCGUCCUGCAUUGCGGACACACUGCUAGCCUGCUACCAGAUGCACACCUGCUUCCGCCUCGGCAACCGCGUCCGCUGUCUCCUCCUGGGCGCCAUCUUCAGGAAGAUGGUGCGGCUCUCGCCCCGCGCCCUGUCUCGCAACUCUUCCGGCUACGUGCUCGCCCUGCUCGGAGGCGACUGCCUGCAGAUUUGCAUCGCCUGCACCCAGUUCCCGCUCCCCAUGACCGGCACCCUGCUCCUGCCCGUCAUCAUCUACCUGCUCGGACUGCGAGUGGGAGCGGUGGCGGCACUGUUCACGGCUCUGUGGCCCGUGGUGGCCCUGACGCUCGUCUGGCCAGCGACCGUGCUCCAGGACCAGCUCUGGGACAACGUGCUGAGCCUGCGUGACGAGCGGCUCAGGCAGACCUCCGACCUGCUGAGCUCGGUGCGGCUGGUGAAGAUGUACGCGUGGGAAGACGCCUUCUCGUCGGCCAUCAGCCGACUGCGGGCCAAGGAAGAAGCGGCCAGCCACAAGGUCAACGUGCUCGACGGACUCAUCGACUCCAUCUACACCUCCUCGGCAUCAGUGAUGACGAUCCUGCUGUUCUCUUCCGUGGCCUUCCUCGGCGAGGCGCCCGCUCUCACUCCGGCGGUCGCCUUCUGCUGCCUGUACCUGAUCUCGGCCACCGACCUCGUCACCAGUUCAACGUCGCAGCUGCUUCGAAGCCGAAGCGUUGUAGGCUUGGCGAUGCUAAGGUACUGCACAUUCUUCAGCGAAGAAGAGCAACAAGACAGGCCGCCCUGUUUCCUCGAGACGAAAGCCGCCAAAGGUGAGUAAGCACGCCG